AUGUUUCACACCUUUGAGGGGUUCGAAAACCCGACAGCGGCCACUCCUGCCCGCACCACUCGUCCUCCCAAUCCCGAACGUCGGGAUUCGGUAAGCCGCCGAGUCACAACUCUCCGUGCUUGUACUUCAUGUCGACAUCGCAAGAUUAAAUGCGAUGGUGAGAAACCAUGCGAAGCAUGUCGGUGGUACAAGAAAGCCGAUCAAUGUCAUUACUCGGAUCCGCGUCCAUCUAGAAGACAUGUUGAGAAACUGUCUACCACCCUUGAUGAAUAUCGAGGUAUCCUCGGGAAGUUAUUUCCCAAUCUUGCGCCUGAGAAUUUAGUCAACCUACCGCGCGAGAAGCUGCUUGAGCUCGUGGUUGGAUCCUCAUCCGUAUCAUCACUCCCGCAGGCUCCCGGGGCGCAACAAGCACCGCAUCCCGCCUCGCCCGCCACUUCAGCUUCGGUAGAAGCGCAUGUCUCGCCCUUGUCGAAUGAAGAUGACAAUCUCGAGUCUCUCCAGAGUAUGCCCGAGGAAGUCGACGACAGUCGUCCAAACAUCGCCGAUUUGGUCGAGGGCGUCUCUGAUGAUGUCAAUGCGCUGUCUCUUUCAGCGCGACAGCCAUCCUCUUAUUUGGGUGUUUCAUCUAUCCAAGCCGUACUCAAGGUCAUUGUCUGGCUGGACCCAGGGUGUGCCACCUACUUCUCUCGAACUCCCCCCACUCAUCCACGCGAUCUAGAAUACGAUAUGCCAUCGGAGUGGAAUCAUGGUGAAGGAUCCUUGCAAGGUCAGCAUUGUAUCCCGCCGACUGAAAUGCAGAUGUUGGAUGCGUAUUUCUUGCAUUUCCAGGCUUUUGCUCCUUUGAUUGAUGAGCAGAUGUUCCGCGAAACCUACAUGAUGGGUCAUCGGAAGGAUGACCACUGGCUCGCGCUGUUGAAUAUUGUCCUCGCGCUGGGCAGUGUUGCUGCCUCAAAGCCAGAUGACCAGACGCAUCAAACAUAUUUCUUGCGAUGCAAGAGCCAUCUCAGUCUGAGCUCACUUGGAAGCUCCCAUUUGGAGACCAUCCAAGCACUGGGCUUAAUGGGUGGUUGGUAUUGCCACUACAUCAGUCAGCCAAAUCUGGCCUAUUCUCUCAUGGGCGCAGCCCUGCGGAUGGCAGCUGGGCUGGGUCUACAUAAAGAAUUUGCCGAAAGCCGGCAAGUGCCGAGCCCGAGCAAGCUUGCCUCGAUGGAUCUCAAGCGCCGGGUCUGGUGGUCUCUCUUCUGCAUGGAUACUUGGGGAGGCAUGACACUGGGUCGGCCAAGUAUGGGUCGUUUUGGACCCAAUAUCACAGUGCGACCUCCACACUGUCGCGAUAAGGACAACGUCCUCGAGAUGCUCCCAUUGGUGGAAAAUAUCCGAUUCGCCAAAAUCGCAACCCAAGUCCAAGAGUCGCUCGCCGCGGCGCCACUCGUUAAACACCAGGAGAUGGCCCAUGCUGACGCCCAACUACUCGACUGGUGGGAAAACCUCCCGCCCGUUCUCAAAGACCACGAAUCCUGCUCGGAAUCCAUCCGAACCGUCCGGACGGUGAUGAGAUGGCGAUACUACAAUCAGCGCAUGCUCCUCUUCCGUCCCACGCUGCUGAGUUACGCGAUGCGACGCGUUCCAUAUAUCGCCCUGAGAGCGGAGGAGCGAACCGCGAUCGAAAAAUGUCGCGAGGUCGCCGAACAAUCCAUCCAGAACAUCGCCAUCACAGCACAGCUCAACCAGCUCUGUGGCUGGAAUGCAGUCUGGUGGACCUUCCAAGCAUCCCUCGUCCCGCUAGUGGGCCUAUUCCUCAACGACCCCACAGCCGACGAUCCUCGCGCCUCCAUCGAAUCCUGCCAAGCGCAGGUUGAAAUGGCGCUGGCCACUCUCGCGCGAAUGCAGACAUUCGGCCACACGGCGAAGCGCUCGCUAGACGCUAUCGCCCGUAUCUACGAAGCUAGCAAGCGCGGACAAGAUAUCGCUACUUCUAGCAGUGCUGGGUCUGUCCAGUCGAACAUGUUCCCCGCCAGUCGAGAUACGAGUAUGAUGUUCUCGCCGCCUGAACCCGCCCGUAUGGGCAUGACGCUCGGCGAGAAUGGUCUUGCGGAUCCUCUCGCCACGCCUUUUGUCGAUGACUCCGGCCAGUAUCUCUGGGAAUAUCUCAGUUGGAGUGAUCAGAGUAUGUGGCCGGGUCUUUCGGAUGUUGAUACUCGCAGUGAGGCUAUGGCGUUGCUCACACCUGAUCACGAGAAAGGUCCGAAGUUCGGGUCACAUCCGUACUUUGAGCCUAUCCCGGAUUCUUAUUUUGUCAAUCCGCCGGUCUAUUAUUGA